AUGCUGGUAAAUGCGGUUCAUUCUCUGUUCUCAGAAGAUUUGCACCGGAACAAAGUUCUCAAUGUGGUCGAUCUCGGUUGCACAGUCGGUCCGAACCCUUUCUCCGUCAUUUUAACUGUCAAAGAAAGCUUGGAGAGGAAAUGCAAGGAGUUAAAUUGCCAACCGCCGGAGCUUCAGGUUUACUUGAACGAUCUUCCCGGUAAUGAUUUCAAUUCGCUCUUCAAAGACUUGUAUAGAGUUGGUGAAGAUCAAAAGAGUGAUGUCCUUCUUCCAUGCUUUGUGAUGGGAGCUCUUGGUUCUUUCCAUAGCCGCCUCUUUCCUCUCAGCUGGUUGCAUCUUGUUCAUUCCUCCUACAGUGUCCACUGGCUCUCUCAGAUACCCAAAGGACUUACAAGCAAGGAAGGCUUUCCAUUGAACAAGGGGAAGAUCUAUAUAUCAAAGACAAGCCCUCCUGUUGUAGCAGCAGCCUAUCUAGCUCAAUUUAAAGAAGAUUUCACCUUGUUUUUGAAGUCUCGUGCCGAAGAGACGGUUCAAAAUGGUCGUAUGGUCUUGAUACUUCAUGGUCGACAAGCCUCGGAUCCUUGGGGUAAGGAGAGCUGUUACCAUUGGGAAAUAUUAGCUGAGACCAUACAUAAGAUGGUUUCACAGGCAAAUGUUUUAUCUUUGUCCCUCGAGGGCUUGGUUGAUGAAGAGAAGUUGGACUCCUUCAAUGUACCAUACUACACGCCCUUACAGGAGGAUGUGCAAGAUAUAGUUGACUAG